CAACUGCUAGCGCGGACCCACGCCAAGAGUUUUCUUGGAAGGAGGUGACCCACGAGUGGGAUUUCCUGAGAAGGAGACUCUGCAAGCCAGAAGAGGGGGUGCAAUCUCAUCUCAGUGGUGAGCUGGAUGGAGAAGAAUCCUGCCACCUCAGAACCAUGGAGCCCACUGAAAUACCUGCUGUGUCCUGCUGCCCCUGUGACUCUAUGGCUGGGAGUAAGAUUGGAGCCCCGUGGGAGAUUGAUCCGAGCCCCAGAAGAGCUAUGCGUCGCUGUGACUGCCGCUACGACUGUGGCACCUUUCACCAAAUCCAGGACCAGGAGCCCUUCUGCCUCUUCCAGGCCCACGAGUGCCGCAAGUGUACCCUCUUCUCGGAGCAGUGCAAGACCCUGCCUGCCGAGGAUGCCUUGAAGAUGGAGCUGGGGUCAAAUCUAAAGAGCCAAGGACCGAUAAGGAAUGGGCUUGCCUCUCCUCCCACAGCUCACGGCCCUGUCCGGAAGUUGACGGUCGAACCAGGAAUCGUCACCAAGCGCCCAAGCAGCGCUGCUGCUGAGUCUCUCCCCAAGAUCUUUGUCUCUGCCCUGGAUGCCAGCACCCUUGAAGAAGCAACGAACAAUUUCUCUUUCCAAGAGGACCCACAGGCCCCCUUCCCUGCCCAGCACAUUGGUGGGGUAGCGGUUCCUGCUGAAAACGGGGUUCAUGAUGGUGAGGGCCCCAGAGGCCCCGGCGAGGGUUCAGAGGCCAGCAGAGAAAGCUUCCCGGAGAUGGGCCAGGAUCCCAAAGCUUCUGACCAGGACUCUGCCUCUUCAGAGUGGCAGCGGAAGCUGGAGGCAGCUGAGGCUCUGUUGUGUCUGAGAGCCUCUUUCCAGGCCCCUGCCGGCUCUGUCUCCUUGCUCGAGCCCUGUGUCGCACCAGCUCCUGCUGGAGAUAGAGAGCUCCAGCCUCCUAGUCCCUCUCUCCAACCCAUGCCAGCCAGCUCCGUUUCUCUGCCUAUUGAACACCCGGGGUGCAUCUCCCUGUUGAGCUAGAAGCCCAGAGCACACCGGGCUCCCUAGCAUACUGCCUAUUUUGUGUCCUACUUACGAGUUUGCAAAGUGUUUAAAGUCUAACAUGUUUAACGUCUUUUUAUUUUCUUUAAGCUUUCAGGUGCUUUUAUAAGUUCUCAGAUCCUUUUUAUGAUGUGGGGCAGUUCCUUGGCUGAAGGUGGAUAUCCUUUGCACCUCCAUCCCCAACUCCUGUGGGUCCUGGGGUCUUUUCUUGUCUCUCGUGAAAACAGGAUUGUGCAGUCUAAGCCGGUCGAUCUCUAAAGAGGGGUCUGUGUGAGUUCAUCUGAUCCUGUGUCACAGUUUUGCUUUGACUUGUGAUUGCGAACAUGCCGGCGCGCUCCUGUAUGUAUCCACGCGUGUGAAGACAGGAGGAUGUUUUCAUUUUGUGUCUAGGUUUGUCGUGUGAGCAAAUAAUAAACCCUUGU